AUGGAUUUAAAACUCAGACUGUUCAGUUUAGUGUGCAUAGCAACAAACUUGAACCUUAUUUAUAGCUAUAGUUGUAGGUUCGAGGACAAUCAGUAUGUUGGCUACCUUUGUGAAUUAAAAUCCAAUGACAGCAGUGGCUUAGAGCAGCAUGCAGCUGGCAAAACUGAUGAUGAUGUAAAGAGAGUUGAAUUGGAGCCUUUUAGAAAUUGGGAUGACAAGUCACCGCUGAAAAAGUCAACAGUCAAUAUUUGCCAAAGAUUUAAGAAUUUACAGAGAAUUGAGGUUAAGUAUCUCAAAAUUGAGCCGAACUUCCUGAAAGGUUGCAGAAAUUUGAGAGAAAUAUUCACAAAAUCAUCGGAAAUUUCGGAACUUCCUGAAGAUUUUCUAGCCGACAACAGAAAAUUGACUUCAUUGAGGCUGAGAGACAACAAUUGGCCAACCUUGCCUGAAAAUCUAUUUGCACAUCAGCAGGAACUUGUUGACAUAACAUUGACGAACAAUCAAAUCCAAAUUUUGCCAAAAAAUAUUUUUAAACCAGCUGUAAAUGUAAAGUCCAUCUUCCUUAGUGAAAAUAGCAUUCAAGUUUUAGAUUCAGAAUUGUUUAAAAAUCUCCGAAAUUUAGAACUUUUAAGUUUAAGUCGCAACAAAAUCACGGAGCUGCCAAAAAAUAUUUUCAGUUCUUUGGAAAAUUUACAUCAAAUUUAUUUAGAAAACAAUCAAUUGACAACAAUUCAUUCAGAUUCAUUCGGAAUUAAUAGAAAUUUGAAGAUUAUUAAUCUUUCGUGGAACAAAAUUGAAGCAUUUGACGAAAAAUUGAUUGACAAUACAGCACUUGAGGUUCUUGACAUGCAUCAGGCAUCUUGUAUUAAGAAUUUGGGAAUCAAUGACAGAUUGGACAUUAAGUUGAUGAGAAUGAGGAUGAAGAAGUGUUUCGAACACUAUCAGUCACGACAGGGCUUAGUUAAGCUUCACAUCCAACCAUAAAAUCGUAUUUUAGCGUUUAAUCCGGAAAGCACAGAAAUCUGACGCAAAGCCAGUGUUACUUUAGAGUAAAGCCAGUUUUAAAGCUCCAUCCUAAAGCUAUGCCGGCUUCUUGUUGGGUUUCUGAUCGAUUAAUCGACUUGUGCUUUCGAGGUUAGGUUCAUAUGGUCAACUAUGUUAAGGUUGCGCUGUUUUGAACCCUGCGUGGGACUUGAAUUGAGUAGA